AGAGUGAUCAGCUUCCGGCGCUGGACUCUCAGCAGAGAUGUCAGACGGGCUCCUGAUGGAGGUGUGUGUGGACUCAGUUGAGUCUGCCAUAAAUGCAGAAAGGGGAGGUGCUGCUCGAAUUGAGUUGUGCAGUAAUCUGCUGGAGGGAGGAACGACGCCAAGCACAGGUCUGCUGCAGGUGGUGAAGGAGAACGUGGAGAUCCCGGUGUUCGUCAUGAUCCGUCCGCGUGGGGGGGAUUUCCUGUACUCUGAGUGGGAGGUGGAGGUGAUGAAGAGGGAGAUCCAGCAGAUGAAGAGUCAGCAGGCGGACGGGCUGGUGUUUGGCGCGCUCACCGAGGACGGACGCGUACACACACACAUCUGCAUGGAGCUGCUGGCUGCUAGUCGACCUUUACCGGUUACGUUUCACCGAGCGUUCGAUAUGGUGCACGAUCCACUGGUGGCUCUGGAAACUCUGAUCUCGCUGGGCUUCGAGAGGGUUUUGACCAGCGGCUGUGACAGCUCGGCUCUCGAGGGUUUACCGGUGAUCAAACGCCUGGUGGAGCAGGCAAAAGGCAGAAUAGUGAUAAUGCCAGGAGGUGGAAUCACAGAGAGAAACCUGCAGAGGAUUCUGGAAGGUUCUGGAUCUCAGGAGUUUCACUGUUCUGCUCGAUCCAGCAAAGACUCCAGCAUGAAGUUCAGGAACAGUAAUGUGUGUAUGGGAGGCUCUCUGUCUGUUCCUGAAUAUGCAGUGAAAGUGGCGGACGUGACUAAAAUACGAGCACUCAACGCCAUCGCCAAAAACACUCUCUAGGACACACGGAGCAGCGCUCACUUACAGCUGCAGAAUAUUAAAUGUGCUGUACGGUGUUACACGAAGGACACUCUUAAAAUUCAGGAUGAUGUACAGUAUGUUGAAUAUUAUGAAGCAUUAUGAGCAUUACAGCAUUAUGAAGCUGAUUUAUAACAGUUUAUGAUGCAGUUACUGUUGGAAAUUGCAUUAAAAAAUGAUUAAAAAUCAACUGCUCUGCUUCAAUUGAUCGUGUACGGGAUUUUCAGCUGCAAAAUUCAGCCUUGGUUCUCUUGAUAUAUGUUGAUAGUUUACAGUACAGCAGGAUCCAUCCAUGUGUUCAUUUUGUCUGUUGUUUAUUAAAUAAAACAUGUAAAUAAAAAAA